AUGUCUCUCCCGUCGGAGGCAUCAUCCGAAUCCGGCGAACCGACACUUCAGGAUCAGCUGAUUGCCCUAUCCUCGGAUGAAUCCAAAGCUCGUCCGAUUCAGCAAUUGUCCAAAGAGGUGAUCAAUCGAAUAGCGGCUGGCGAGGUUAUUCAACGUCCGGCAAAUGCGAUCAAGGAGCUGCUUGAGAACUCUCUAGACGCAGGCAGCACACAGAUCCAGAUUACCGUCCGAGAUGGUGGAUUGAAACUGUUACAGGUGCAAGACAACGGAUGCGGGAUCCGACUGACAGAUAUGCCCAUCUUGUGCGAAAGAUUCACAACGAGCAAACUUCGUGUAAGUUUUUUCUCUCGGUUGGUAAUUCAGAUAAACAGAAAGCUGUUUACUUUGUAUAAAUGA